AUGCGUUAUUUUAUAUUUUAUCCACCAAGUAAAACAUUAAGAUUAAUUGAUGUUAAUGAAAAUGAUCGUGCUGAAGAUAUUCUUGAAUUAAUUAAAAAAGAAUAUGGUCUAUCAUUUUAUGAUAAUAAUUCAUCUGAAACAAAAAUUGUUCUUAAUUAUAAUGGCUGUGAUCUUAAACCAAAAUGGACUUUUGGUGAUUUAAAUAUUCCAUCAGGUUCAAUUAUUCGUUGUCUAUCAAAACAACAAACAGCAGCUGAUCUUUAUAUACAUUGUGGAUUUAAUAAACAAAUAUUUAAAUUAUUUGAUUCAUCAAUUACAAAUGAAACAACAAUUGGUACAAUAAGAAAAAAAAUUUCAGAUAAAUUAGGUUUACCAUUAAGUACAUUUUGUCUUGAAACAUAUGAUACUAAACAACGUUUAUAUGAUGAAAUAAAAUUAUUCAAUUAUGAUAUUAAACUACAUGAUCAUAUUUAUUUAAAAGUAUGGAAAGGAUAUGAAAAAUUUAUUAAUGCUUGUGUUAAAGGUUUUACAGAACAUUAUUCUCAUGAUGAUCUUAUUCGACAUUAUCAAACACAAGUAGCAUUACAUAUUGCUGCUUUUUAUGGUAAAAUUUUCAUUUUUAAUUGA